GCGAGCUGUGACAACAACAACAGCACAACCCACCGCUACUGAUGCGUCUAGAGUCGCUGCCGCUUCCUCUUCACCGAAAUGUGACGAUACUGACAAAGAUGCAAUUCUUUCCGAUAGCGAGCCAGUUAGCAGCAUUCAAGGAAAAACUUGCACCUAUAAUAGUGUCCCGCCACAAGACCAAAAGAAACUCGGUACCAAACUUUAA